AUGGCAGUGUUUACAGCAGCAUCAACAACAUGGUUUUCCUCUACAAAGCAGCAGCUUGUCCAGUUCAACGACAUUAACGGUCCAACCCUCACUCACAACUUCAAGGAAAAAUUCCCACAAAAAAGAGCAAUCACUACGUCUAUGGGUCUCACGGUCAAGGCUUCCUUUACCAAGGGAGGUCCUGGAGUCUUGGAACGCCCCACUUUCGACCAAUCCCAGUUUGACCCUUCUUCUCAAGUUCUUGAAGGUGGGGACAUCGGACGACUAAGGGAUAAGAGAGGUGUUGGGAGUGGAGAUAGCUAUAGAGUCUUGCUAAUUGAUGAUGUUCGCCAUUCCGAAAGCUUAGUUGCAAAGGUAUUACCUCAAGUUGUUCCAUCAGUUACGCCCGAUGUUGCUAGAAAACUAUUUCACGAGUCACGUGAAAAUGGCUUAGCAGUUGUUAUUGUUGCAGUUAAGGAACAUGCUGAGUUUUAUUCCCAGAUGAUGAUACGUGGUGGGUUACGAUCGACGAUUGAGCCAGAUUCGAGUACUGUGUAA